GCAGAAGCCCAAUGUCCAUCACAGUUCAAACAACACAACCCAUUUGAUUGAAGAAUCCAUUUAGAACUUGGUCACUCGCCUCGUGCGCACCACUCUCUUUCUUUCCCCGUUCCGUUUUCGCCCAGUAACUGUUUGACGAAAUGCCCCAACCAUGCACUUCCUCGUUGCACUGUCCCCUUCGCUGCUCUCUCCCCGUUUGAGCCCUUCCCACUUCCCUCCACUCUACUUCUCGUUCAAUGAAACUUGAUUGGAUUCGAUGGUUUCUUAUACAAGUUAUUUCAUUUAUAGAAGAGCAGAGAACCCAUUGCAAAUCCUUAAAUUUCGUAGCAUCUUCUUUUUCUCACUGGAAGCUACAUGUUGGCAAACAUACGGUACCUUGAGACAUUGUCAUUCUGGGUCAGAACGGGGUAAAAAUCAGAAAUUGACAAACAGGGUGGGGCUUUUCUGGGACUUGGACAAUAAACCACCCAAUUCAAUCCCACCUUAUGAAGUUGCCAAUAAGCUGAGAAUAGCUGCAUCUUCCUUUGGUGUUGUUCGUUAUAUGGUGGCUUAUGCAAAUAGCCACACUUUUAGCCAUGUCCCUCAAGGUGUCCGGGAGAGUAGGAAAGAGAAGGAACUGUUGUAUCGUUUAGAGAAUAAGGGUGUCAUCAAGCCAAAUCAACCUUAUCGUUGUAAGGUUUGUGGGAGAAAGUUUUAUACUAAUGACAAGCUUGUUAACCAUUUCAAGCAACUGCAUGAGAGUGAGCACACGAAAAGGAUGAACCAGAUAAAGUCUGCUAGGGGGAGCAGGAGGGUGAAGUUGGUGGCCAAGUAUUCUAUGAAAAUGGAAAAGUAUAAGAAGGCUGCAAGUGAUAUUCUCACUCCCAAAGUGGGGUACGGUUUGGCGGAUGAGCUCAAACGGGCUGGUUUUUGGGUUCGAACAGUGUCGGAUAAGCCACAAGCUGCAGAUCAAGCACUGCAAAGCCACAUUGUGGAUAUCAUGGAUCAUAGGCGGGUUGAGUGUGUGGUCCUUGUGUCUGAUGAUUCUGAUUUUGUUGAUGUGAUAAACGAAGCAAAGAUGCGAUGUCUGAAGACGGUUGUCAUUGGGGAUAUUGAUGAAGGUUUCUUGAAGAGGACUGCUGAUACUGCAUUUUCUUGGGAGGAAAUUCUGAUGGGGAAAGCUAAAAAGCAGGCUGUUUCGGUUGUGAAAAACUGGAAGGAUCGUGAUAUCUUAAAAAAGUUGGAGUGGACAUACAACCCUGAUGAGGAUAAAAGUAAUUUCAAUCUGGAUGAUACCGUUACUGAAGCAUCUGAAGAUGAUAAUAUUGAAGAUACUACCUGUGAUGAAGUUGAUGAUGCCUAUAAGGAUGACAGAGGUUCUUGGUGGGAAUUAGAUUCUGAUGAUGAUGCCACAACUAGACAGUCAGGAAAAUUAUCUGGUUUAUCGGUGAAUAGGUGAAACUCACUUGACCUUCUACUUGGCAAACAUUUCUGUGUGUAGAAAAUAGUAUUUUGGUCUCAAAUUUGUGAGGUAACAUUGCUAGUUACAAGUUAUGGAUGGUUGUGGUAACUUUGAAAAUGAAAGCAGUAUCUGAUACUCUGAUUCAUCAAUUAUUAUUAUAUCUCUUUUGCUUCCCAA